AUGGAUGAAUUCGUGAACUGGGACAAUGCAGGGGCCUGUUUUGACACUGCUGAUGAAUUGCCCCGAGACGCAAUGCUGACCGGCAUCAACCUCAGCCUGGAUGCUCAGAACCUUGAUCUUGCCUUGGCCCAUCUCAACGAGGAUGACUGGAGUUACCAUGCUUUGGAGAACUUUUGCAAUCCGGUAGACAAUCUUGACUUAUCCAUUGAUGAAACUCCCCCGACCUUGGACUUUGCCGAACACAUGACGAAUCCCUGCCAUCAUUGCGCACUAGGUCGCUACUCCUGCAAAAAGAUCAAGGAAGGUCGGUACAAGGGUUACUGCACUAGCUGCGUGGCUCUUGGCGUUGAAUGCAGUUUUGGAGGAUGCGUGGCCGAUGCUAUUGAUCUGGACCCUCCAAAUAGUAUUCUCCCGGCCAACCCUUUCUCCUUCAUGGGACAUGACCCAGACUCCCUUUUCAACCACGAGCUGUUUCCGGAGGCAGCGCCGCCGGCUUCGCUCCCGUCGUCGUCUUUGGACCUCCUCUACCCGUCCGCCACUCCCACCGGGGAGGCUGGCUUCGAUGCAAUGCAAAGGCAAGGUCCACCACCCAAGAUUGGUGCCAGGUUCUCGCGCGAAUCUGUGCGAAUCUUGAAGAACUGGUUGUCUACACACAACCGACACCCAUAUCCUAGCGACGAGGAGAAGGAAGCCCUGCAGCGCCAAACUGGUCUUAACAAAACCCAGAUCACCAAUUGGCUAGCCAACGCUCGGCGCAGAGGAAAAGUUCAGCUUCCUCGCUCUACAUCUCCACAUGUGGGAAACUGGGCGGCAUCAAUCGACGUGCCGCAACGACGGGGAACCCCCGCGCUGGAAUGCAUGAACCCGUUGCAACGUUGGGAACACUCGCCCCCGGAGCAUGAAGCUGCAUCCGUCGCUGCCAUUGCCAGAGCGGUCACUGCAUCCUCGUCGUCGGCCCUGUCAUCUGGUCUGAACAGCCCCUACAGCUUCCACUUCACUGAUGAUGGAUCCAGCAGGUCGCUUUGCAAUCAAUCCUCGACCAGCAGUCUGGGCACAUCACAAUCCAGCAAUGGCUCGCAAGCCUCGGCCUAUUCUCAUGGUUCCCGCAACUCUUUUGGAUCAUUUGGCUCGACCCAAUUCAGCGCUCGCGGUCGUCGUCGUCGGCGACGAAAGGCCUCGCCCAAGCAAACCAAGGACGGCACUAGCAGCCUCGCCGUUUCGCCCAAGACUUUCCAGUGCACCUUUUGCACGGAGACUUUUCGAACAAAACAUGACUGGCAACGGCAUGAGAAGUCGCUUCACCUGUCUCUGGAACGAUGGGUCUGCGCACCGGAAGGGCCGAGGGUUGUUGACCCAGCCACAGGCGUACUGUGCUGCGUAUUUUGCGGCUUGGAAAGUCCAGACGACGCUCACAUUGAGAGCCACAACUACUCGGCAUGCCAGGAGCGAUCACUUGGAGAGCGAACCUUUUACCGGAAAGAUCACUUGAACCAGCACUUGAGACUGGUGCACAACGUCAAGUUCAUGGAUUGGGCCAUGAAGGCGUGGAAAGUUACUACUCCUGAGAUCCGGUCUCGAUGUGGGUUCUGCGGCAUCGUGAUGGACACAUGGACCCUUCGAGUUGACCAUUUGGCGGAGCAUUUCAAGACGGGCUACUCUAUGGCGGACUGGAAGGGUGAUUGGGGUUUCGAUGUGCCUGUUCUUGAUAUGGUUGAAAACUCUAUUCCUCCGUAUCUGAUCCAUCACGAACGCGUGUCUCCGCUACCUUACGCAGCUUCUCGGCCACCACUUGAAUCGCCAAGAAACGCCUACGAACUGAUCAAGCUGGAGCUGGCUUAUUUCGGCGCGAACCAUUGGGACCAACACCACGCAGCACCAAGCGACAACGACCUGCGGUUGGAAGGCUGCCGUAUCAUUUUCGCCUCCGAACUGCUCUCCCUGCAGGGAGUUGCCACUCAAAGCUCGUGGCUGCGUGAUCUGAUCAUGUCGGACGAGACUACUGCACAGAAGGCAAGAUUCGGUCCCCUGCGUGGGGCCGCCGAGUGCAGAAUGGCCACGCUCAAGAUUAACGGCAAGGACAACUUGUUCGAAGAAUGCCCCAUGGAAAGACAGUUACAGGCCUUUGUGGAGGCCAAGAAGCUGUUGGGAUUGACAACCAUGGAUAACGAGCUGCAAGAGGAGGCCUGUAAGAUCGUCGGCCGGGUUGAGGAAGUUUGCACCCACCCUUCCGACACAAUCGCCAAUUGGUUGUUGCGGCUGGUCACAUCCUCGACAGGUUGGCUGGCCGCAUUUCGACGUCGAGCUCAUCUGCCAAGAAGCGAAGACGUUGAGCACGAGACGGUCAGGUCUAGAGAUCCAUCAUCAAUCGACUCGACCAUUCAUAGCUACUCUCGUCUGGAGCGUGAGCUGGCAGACUACCUCAGACAGCAGAGAUGCGUCGGGCUGGAGCCAGCAGAUGCGGACCUUCAACGGCAGGCUCGCAUCAUUAUUUACGAGUUUGACGACGGAUGGAACCAAACCGCAGCCGACAAUGUCCAGUGGCUCGAGUCUUUCAGAAACCGACACCCGGAAGACGGCUCCCCCACCAGCGCGGACACUGCUACCGGGUCUGCCACCGCGCCAAGCACGAUGCAGAGCACGCAGCCGACAUCCGUCCUCGCAUCACCUCAGUCGCCGCAAGAAGGCCUAGGCCAAGCUGUCCGCAACGACUGCCCACCCUUGGCGUCGGUGGACAGUAGCAAGCCCAAAGACGCAGAAAUGCCAUUCUUCUCCGGCACUGCCAACAACUGCUAUCGGCGUCUCGCAAGGGAGUUGAGGCGUUGGGUCAAGUCAGCCAUGUCUCCCAACAACCCGAGCCAGCACGUACCGACCGAUGAAGAGCUGCAAUUUCAGGCACGCUGGAUCGUGUAUGACGAUGAUGACCCAUGGAACCAGACUGCAGCUGAUAACGCGGAAUGGCUGCAGCGGUUCAAGCGUGAUGUGGGCAUGGUGAAGGAUGCUGGGCCGGGGCUUCCAAGAGGUCGUGCAGGGGCGCUGGACCAGGGCGAGGCGUUUGCUGGAGACGUGCAGGUGCAUAUCCGCAACCGUUUUGGAGCUGGCGAUUUACAGAAAGAUGCUACUCCGUAG